GGGUGAGGUAGCGACAUGGUGACGUUUCAGCGUGACGUCGGAAGCACAUGUGUAUCAACUAUGGAGCAGCAACCUUUACUGUGAUGUCAAGGAGAGUAGGGGAGGUCUGAACCGAGACUGCUUUAAGCCUUUCUCCGUUCAUCACUCAUUAUUCAUCGGAUGAACUCUGAUCAAGCAAGUCACCUGCUAUCCUUCAUGAUGACCCAAUGGUCAACUGUCCACUGACCCUCCACUGAUCAUCCAGGGGCCACAUCACUCCGUGUGCUCCUCUCCACACCUCACAGCAUCAUGGGGGACGUAGUCCAGAUGCACUUCAGCACAGUGGAUUACGUGAUUUUCGUCGUGCUGCUAGUGGCCUCCGCCGGAAUCGGCCUUUACUAUGCCUUCUCAGGGGGUCGUCAGAGGACAACACAGGAGUUCCUGCUGGCCGACCGCAGCAUGCGCUGCCUUCCGGUGUCCCUUUCACUCCUGGCCACCUUUCAAUCAGCUGUGGCCAUUCUGGGUGCCCCAUCUGAGAUAUACACACAUGGCACGCAGUACUGGUUCCUGGGCUGCUCCUACUUCCUGGGCCUGCUCAUUCCUGCACACAUUUUCAUACCAGUUUUCUAUCGGCUCCGCCUUAGCAGCGCGUAUCAGUAUCUGGAACUUCGUUUUAGUAAAAGUGUUCGGAUAUGUGGCACUAUGACCUUCAUCUUUCAGAUGGUGAUCUAUAUGGGAGUUGUUCUGUACGCUCCAGCACUUGCACUUAACGCAGUAACAGGUUUUGACCUUUGGGGGGCAGUGCUGGCCAUAGGAUUGGUGUGCACACUUUACACAGCUUUGGGUGGUCUGAAAGCAGUGAUCUGGACAGAUGUGUUUCAGACAAUUGUUAUGUUUGCGGGGCAGCUGGCAGUGAUUAUAGUUGGUACCCAUCAGGCAGGUGGCAUCGCUGAAGUUUGGAGGAAAGCACAAAACGGAAGCCGUAUCUCAGGCCUUGACCUGAACCCUGAUCCUUUAGAGAGGCACACAUUCUGGACUCUGGGAGUGGGGGGAAUUUUCCUCAUGCUGGCUCUGUAUGGAGUGAAUCAGGCUCAGGUCCAGAGAUACCUCUGCUCCCGCACAGAGAAAGAGGCCAUCAUGUCCUGUUAUGCAGUGUUCCCAUGCCAACAGAUCGUGCUCACAUUGGGCUGUUUAAUGGGUCUGGUUAUGUAUGCUCGAUAUGGGGAGGAGAGCCCGCUGGAUCAGGGCUAUGUCAAAAGCAAUGACCAGAUGGUGCUGUACUUUGUAAUGGAUGUGUUGAGAGAUCUUCCUGGUUUACCAGGACUGUUUGUCGCCUGUCUGUUUAGUGGAGCUCUCAGCACAAUCUCAUCUGCCUUCAACUCCCUGGCAACGGUUACCAUGGAGGAUCUGAUCAAACCUCACGUACGACCCAUGACGGAGGCCCGUGCCACCCUGUUAUCAAAAAUGUUGGCUCUUGCCUAUGGUCUUGUGUGUCUGGCUAUGGCAUACAUCGCCUCUUUAAUGGGCUCUGUGCUGCAGGCAGCACUCAGUAUAUUUGGGAUGGUGGGUGGACCUCUUCUCGGCCUUUUCUGUCUCGGGAUGUUUUUCCCUUGGGCCAAUUCCACUGGUGCACUGGUUGGACUGGCAUCAGGGCUGGUCAUGGCUUUCUGGAUUGGUAUCGGCAGCUUUGUUUCACGAAUGUCUGCAUCUGUACCACCUGUGAUAAAUGCCACUGUCAUACCUGAUGUGGGAAACAUGACAACAGCUGUGAUGACGACACUCAUCACAUCUAAACCAAGGCCUUCUGGAGUUCAGGCUUUGUACUCUCUAUCAUACAUGUGGUACAGUGCUCAUAAUUCUGCCACAGUUGUUGUGGUGGGACUACUGGUCAGCUUUCUCACGGGGCCCUGGAAAGAGAAAGAUUUAAACCCAGGUACGAUUUACCCCGUGCUUGGCAAUUUGCUGUUCUUUCUGCCCGAACGGUACAGGGAGAAACUCUGCUGUGUUACUCCACUGGAAGACAAUUCCAAAGGCCUGGACUGUCAGCCUUACCAGAUGGCCCGGAAAGAGACCAAUGGCGUUGCCUAUACUAAAGAGGAAGACAAGCUCAGGGAAGAGGAAGGAGAAAAGAACACCACCCAGCCUACUUGCAACCUGGCCCAUACAUUGCAGGAAACAGCCUUGUGAAACCUCCCACACAGCGACAAACCGUAAAGGGUCUUAGUUUCCCACAGGCUCUUUCUUCUCUUGAAUUUGGUAAUAACCUUAAGUCCAUAAGUUGUGGGUUGUGUUGUGGUCCCUUUACAAUAUUGGUACGCUGUGCCCUUAACUGCCAGUGAUUGAGGCGAGGGGUUGUUUUAUGUAUAUUUGGUACUUUAUGAUGUUUAGAUCUUGAACAAAUUGAGAUGUGUUGAGCUGAAGCGACACAAGUGAUCACCUAAAUCUUUCAGUUUACAUGUCCUAAAUUGAAUCUCAAGAAUACGUGUUGAAUAUUGCUGGUUUGUGAUAUACGUACACGCACAAAUCAAAGAAAUCAUGCUGAACGUCAGGUUUAAGAUGAAUGGUUUAUCACCAGAAAGACCACAGUUUGCACAAUUUAAUGUCAGUGCCAAUUGAGUUUUGGGGUUUUUCUCUCCCAAAGAUGUUGUUUCUUCCAAAGUUCACUACAUUAGCCUUUCCAUUCUGUUCGCCUUGAACGCACUAUUGUCAAUGUGUGGGUUACCUAAACGGAGUUAAAAGUUUACAGUGAAUGAAGAAUUGCUAAUAUAGCAAAUUUAAAUGUGGUAAACUUUUAGCUUAACAUUCAUGAAAAGACCAUCUGGAAGUCUCGUAUUGUGAUAGAUACAAUGAAUCUAAUGCAUGUUGAAUCUAGUUCCCUCAUUGAAGCCCAUUGUUUGUGACAAGUGCCUCCUCAUAUGAAUGUAUGAUGUAGUUUUGUGACUGGAUUGUUGCUUUAGUUUGCUGUUCCAUCAUCUCAUCCAAAUGAAGCAUGGGCCUGACCCUGAUAGGAUAGUAUCGGGACACCUCACUAUUGAAUUCCCAUGAUGCUUUGCGUUGUGAGGGCCUGGCUAACUAUACUUUAGCAUCUCAAAAAAAGAAAUUUCUAAUUUGCCUGGAUUUAAUAUUGUUUUGGUAUGGAUGAUUUUUUUAGAAAACGCUCAUGUUAGAAAUGUUCUUCAUGAUGUAGACAAGCUCUUUAAAUGUUAUAAUAGCCUAUUCAAAUAUUUGAUCUUAGAUUUAGAAGAUACUUGUUAUAGUAUCAAGACUAACUGUUAUAGAAUUGAAACCUCAGUGCGAGUUACUGAUCAUAAUUCUCAGUAUUAGCAUAUGGAUCGAUUUGGUUGCACUCGUUUUCUUGUCAUUUGAUUCGUUUUUUGAUGUUAUAGUGGCAUUUUCUGUGCUUUUGCUGUCUAGUCUAACUUCAGACCUCAGUCUAAGCCAUACCAUUUGUAGUUGCUGUAGGAUUCCUAUGUCAUUGUAUUACGCCUAUGACUGGAAUGAAAGCUUUCUCUGAACCUGUCACAAUCUCACAAGCACAGGCAGUCGGUUAUAUAUUCAGGUUAUGCAUUUUGGGUCAACGGUUUGUGGAAGUCUCACAUCUACUGGUGUUUCUUUUUUUGGUUCUUUAUUGUGUAUGUAUCAUCUUGGUCUGGCGACAGUUUUCAGUUUAACAUUCAUCUCCAAAGAAUCAUCCUAUGUGGAAUCAUGUUCAUCACAUUUGGAAACACAAGAAGUCGGUUCACACAGUUUCCAAAGUAAACACACUGUUGCGUCCGUAACUCACUGCUGUUUCAGCAUCGCACUCAUGAGUGAUACGCUUUUACACUUUUACAAUUAGUUAAAAUUAAAGUGUUCAAAUAAAAGCAUUCAACUAAAACAUUAAAAUAAGUGCUGUCAAACGAUUAAUCGCGAUUAAUCACAUCAAAAAAUGUGAGACCCUGCAUUUUGCCCAUUUUGGAGCACCCGCUUUUUUAAACGCAAGAAAUACUGACAUCUUUUUCACUGUGCCACUUCUCACUUGUUCACUUUUCAUUCAGUUUGAUUCCGUAAUGCUUUUUUCAAUUCCAUUAAAGUUUAGUACACAUCCUGUAUAAACGGCCCCAAAGGUUAUACAUUUAGUUGAGUGAUGACUGCUCUACAUUUCUUAUGAGGCUCCAGAAAUAUAUUCAGUGAAUUAUGACAUUAAUUUUUAGCCUAACAGUAUUAGAUGCAAAAUAAAACAUUCAUCAGUUUGGGGAUAGUAGUUGCUAUCAAGCAUCUGCUAUGGAAUAGAUAUGAAUUUAAUGUUCAGUCAUUCUUUAACACGUAAUGCCACAAUUUUUUAAUCCAUCCAAUUCAAUGUAUUAGAAUAACGAUGACAUUCUGGUGUGAAAAUUAGAAAUUAGAUUGGAUUUUAGUAACUUUAGCAUUCCAAUCAAAGGGCCCAAUACAGAUUAUCUCUUUAUUAUAAAUUGUAAACAUGAUUUCUCAUAAGAUUGGUCAUUAUAUUCAUUGUGUAGAAGACAUUUUGUUUUGCAUUAUUAGUGUCAUAAUGUAUGCAUGUGUAAGACUGGAUCAUGAAGAGUUGCCAUCUGUCAUACCUGAAAUUACUUGAAUUAUGUGUGCACUACGCUUUAAAACACCCAUACGUUUAGAACACUUGCAUUUACAGACUGAAUACUGCAUCAGAAUUGUUCCACUGAUCAUUUCUCUUUGUCCUAAGAAAGUCUUAAUUCAGAAUGCAUUUCCCCUUUGAGCGAUCAAAGGAGGAAUACAUCACCACAAGCACAUUUUAAAACUGCCUACAACAGGACAAAUUGUUAAGGCACAGGCAGGGAUUGCCCUAUUAUAAACUAUGCUGUCCUACAAUCUAAAACUGUGUAACCCUAAGAGAAUCGACCUUGGGGGGGCCUAUGUGGACUCUACUGUGAGAAUAGUUUUUUUUAUGACAUUUUAAAUACUAAUUUUCUAUGGAAAGCGCAACUCUUGUUAAUGCAAAAUAAAUAUUUAGAUACAUAAUAUUUAUGCUUGUAUAAAUAUUAUGAGAAUAUUUAUUUUUUAUAGAAGUGUUCCUAUUUUAUUUUCCCAAAUAUGCAUUCCAGAAAACCAUAAGCAAUGGAGUCUGACCAGCUUCAUUACUUUGGUCGUGCCUUCACUAAACAUCUCUUUAUUUGAUUGGUCGUGAAAGUUCUCACCAAGUACUUUCCAUUAUGUGAAAACGAGGAAGUUGCAUUGGCCAGCAGAGCGUCUAUAAGCGAUGAUACCUUUAUUUAUAUAAAUUAAUGCAGAAUAGAGGAACAGAUAUACUUAGCCACUCUAGUGGGCAUUACUCUGAAUCAUGAACAUUCAUUUUUCCUCUUGAUGAAUUAUUUGUAAUGAGAAAGUGAUAUAAAAUUGGUCUUGAUAACAAUAAAAAUGUCUUCCCAACA